UACAGGUCAUCACGGCUGUGAGUAAUCGUGACGUUGGUCUGUCCGUGUCCAGACCCACGUCAUGCCGGUCUCCUUCCAGCAAUAGAGACACAGCUGCUGCUGACGAGCUAACAAGUAACAGCUUCACUAUCGAGACUACAAACGUUUUUAUCCGGUCUGGUUAUCUGCUCUUCUGACGGCUAUGAUGAGGUGGUGACCCGGGGUCGGCCAGGCCGUGAGAUGACUGCAGCUCGGCACGGAGGAAAGACAGGGCAGCACGACUGAGAGAGGAGAAGAAGAAGAAUGGGCAGGAGCGCCUGGGGCUGCUGGCAAAGCGUCGUCUCCACUGCAGUGCUCUACGGCUCUUUGGCCCUCUUCAUCUCCAUCCUCCACAAUGUGUUCCUCCUCUACUAUGUGGAGACGUUCGUGUCCAUCUACAAGAUUGAUAAGAUCUCCUUCUGGGUUGGAGAGACGGUGUUCCUCAUAUGGAACAGUGUGAAUGAUCCUCUCUUUGGCUGGCUGAGCGAUCGCUCCUUCCUCAGCUCUCCUCAGUCAGGCUCUCAGAUCACGACUCCAGAGGUGGUGCUGAAGCGCCUGAAGGCCCUCUCCACAAAUGGCCCUCUCUUCGCUCUUUCCUUCCUGGCCUUCUGGGUGGCGUGGGCCCAACCGUGGCUGCAGUUCCUGCUGUGCCUGUGUCUGUACGACGGUUUCCUCUCGAUGGUGGACCUCCACCACAGCGCCCUGCUGGCGGACCUCGCCGUGUCCGCCAACGACCGCACGCGCCUCAACUUCCACUGCUCCGUGUUCAGCGCGUUGGGCUCGCUCUCCGUAUUCCUGUCCUACUCCUUCUGGGACAAGGAGGAUUUAUACUCCUUCCGUCUCUUCUGUGUGACCCUGGCAGCCUUUUCCAUCUUGGGCUUUUUCUUAGUGUCGCGGUUGCUUCGGCGUCGUUUCCAAAAGGAAGUCUGGUCGAGACAGGAUGAGGCUCUGGCACUCAAAGAGCUGAGUGUUGGCCAUGCUCCAGAAAGCCCCGUCACCAUUGGACAGUACCUCAAGCAGCUCUCCAAACACAGGAACUUCCUGUGGUUUGUGUCCAUGAACCUGGUUCAGGUGUUUCACUGCCAUUUCAACAGCAACUUCUUCCCUCUUUUUCUGGAACAUCUCCUGUCUGACAGUAUUACUGCCUCCACAGGUUCAAUCCUACUCGGCAUCUCAUACAUUGCCCCCCACCUGAACAACUUGUAUUUCCUGACACUGUGCCAGCGUUACGGGGUUUACCAGGUUAUCCGCUGGCUUUUUAUGCUCAAACUGGGACUUAGUGUGGCUAUGCUGCUGGCGGGGGCUGACCACAUAUAUCUGCUGUGCAUCUUCAUCGCUAGUAACCGGGUGUUUACAGAGGGGACGUGCAGGCUGCUGAAGCUGGUUAUUUCCGAUCUGGUGGACGAGGACUUUGUGGUGAAUCGGCGUCAUCAGGCCACCUCCGCUCUGCUCUUCGGGAUGGUCGCCUUGUUGACCAAACCGGGCCAGACGUUCGCCCCGCUCAUCGGCACCUGGCUGCUGUGUGUUUACACAGGUUAUGAUAUUUUUGAGAGGGAACCCGUGAAGGACUCUCUGGUCUCCGUGCCUGACGUGGCCUCUGGCUCAGGGACUCCGCCUCUCCGCCUGGGCUGCUUCUACAUGGUGGUGUUUGUGCCUAUCACCUGUGCCCUGCUGCAGCUGGCCGCCUGGUCUCGCUUCACCCUACACGGCCGCAAGCUGCAAGGGAUCAAGGCCCUGAGGCAAGGGGCCCAGCACGGCCACCUCAUCGAUGUCAAGGCCAUAUGAGCUGAACGGAGCUGCCGUGAAGCUGCACACAGACACUUUAAAAUGGUCGGAUUUACAAUCUCUCAGCCUUGUGUGCUAGAAUAUGAACCACUACACAACGUGUGAGAGAUGCACAAUAUUCUGACACGAAAACACAACAUUGAGGGGAAAAACAUGAAACCUGCCUUAUUUUUAUAUAUUACAUUAUUGACUGAUAUUUAUAUUUGAACAAAAGACCAAAAGAUAAAGUCAAACCAAUCAAUAGUUGGACCAAGGUGAGAACUUUUCAUGGUGUGCGCCAAAGAUGGGGUGCCCUCUUUUAAACAGUUUGUUAAGCAUAAUUGUGGCCGAGAGAACUGUCUAAACGCGUGGCUGCUGGGUAAUUUAUCAGUGACAUCAGCCAGAUGUAAAAAGAUGGAGGAGAAGUUUACCACAGAGCUCCAGUUCUGAUUUCUAAUGUUAUUAGCAAGAUGAAGAACAUGAAAUAAACUUGCAUUAAUGUGUUCAGAGUGCCAUUGAAACUGCAUGGAUUCCACGUCCAACUUUACCGUUUCUUUACAUUUACACACGAUGGCCUGCCGGUUUGAUGUGAAGAACUGUGUUUUUGAUCGAUGUUUUUGCACAAAACUGCCAUUUGUCCGUUGUACUUCUAACAUUCUGAUUGUGACAUAUUUUUGUGUACCGUAAUAACGAGAAAUGGAAUCGGUAAAUUAUGCUGGUAGCCAUAUUAUCCUAUCACUUUUGUAAUUUUUCAGAUAAUACAAAGAAUGUUUGGCAUUACCAUAAAUAAACCAUCUAAAAGUCAA